UCCUCGGACGCUCCAGUCCGUUCCCCGCUCCCACCUGGGAUUUCGGAAGCUUGCGUGUCUCCAGGACAUCAGAGUCUCCUUCCACAGCUUCCUAGUGAACGCCCAAGAUGCAGGCGGACUCCCUUCUUCACAGCGGCUACUUCCACCCUGUGCUACGCUCCUGGCAGUGUACGGCAACCACCUUCGAUGCCGCCAACCUCAUCUACCCCAUUUUUGUCACUGACAGCCCUGAUGCAGUGGAGCCGAUCCCCAGCCUCCCUGGACAAGCCAGGUACGGAGUCAACAAGCUGGAGGGGAUGCUGCGUCCCCUCGUCGAGGACGGUCUGAAGUGUGUGCUGAUCUUCGGGGUGCCCAGCAAAGUCCACAAGGACGAGAGAGGCUCCGCUGCUGAUGCGGAGGACACGCCUGCCAUCCAGGCAAUCAAGAAGAUCCGCUCCACCUUCCCAGAGCUGCUUGUUGCCUGCGAUGUCUGCUUGUGCCCUUACACCUCCCAUGGGCACUGCGGCAUCCUGCGUGAAGAUGGCACCAUCCAGAAUGAGAUCAGCUGCCAGCGGCUGGCAGAAGUGGCGCUGGCCUACGCCAAAGCAGGCUGCCACAUCGUUGCCCCCUCAGAUAUGAUGGAUGGGCGCAUCGCGGCCAUGAAGAAGGCGCUGAUCUCCAAUGACUUGGGCAACAAGGUCUCGGUGAUGAGCUACAGCGCCAAGUUUGCUUCGUGCUUCUACGGUCCCUUCAGGGAUGCUGCGCUGUCCAAACCUGCCUUCGGGGACAGACGAUGCUACCAGCUGCCCCCGGGCGCCAGGGGCCUGGCGAUUCGUGCUGUGGACCGGGACGUGCGUGAGGGAGCAGACAUGCUGAUGGUGAAGCCGGGGAUGCCCUACCUGGACCUCGUGAGGGAGGUCAAGGCUCGACACCCCACCCACCCGCUGGCCGUCUACCACGUCUCGGGGGAGUUCGCCAUGCUGUGGCACGGGGCCCAGGCCGGGGCCUUCAGCCUGGAGGCUGCCGUCAGGGAGGCCGUGACGGCCUUCAGGCGCGCAGGGGCCGACACCAUCAUCACAUACUUCGCGCCGCAGCUCCUGCGGUGGCUGAAGGAGGAGGCGGCGGCGGCGGGACGGGCCUGAGAGCGGA